CGGGUGGGAUACAUCCCUUGCAUGAGUUUCCUCACUCACUUACUUGAAGCUUGCUUAUAGAGCUGCACCGCGCUGCGCUGUGCUACAUAACUGCUGACAGCAGCAACACACACACCCACCAUGUCCACCCCCAGCGAUGCCCCUCCUGACUCGCACAUCGACCAUGCCGCUUCCCUCCGCUACUGGAACUCUGUCGCCGCCAACACAAAGACCAUGCUGGGCAUGCUAGGCUCGUACCCAUGGUACACGCGAAUCGAUCUCCGAGGCUCCAAGACCUUCCUUGGCAAGGUCCGUCGCAUGAUUCCCAAUUGCCCGACGGAAGGGAAGCUCCCGCUUGGCGUGGAUUGCGGCGCGGGCGUGGGUCGCGUCACCGAGGGUCUCCUCAGCCAGGUCUGCGAGCGCGUCGAUGCCGUCGAGCCCAUUGAGAAGUUCACCGAGGUGAUCCGGAACUCGGAGCUGAAGCGCACGGGUGUUGUCGGGGAUAUCUAUACAAUGGGUCUGGAGAAUUGGUAUCCUGAGAAGAACAAGUACGAUUUGAUCUGGACGCAGUUCUGCGUGGGACAUCUUACGGAUGUGCAGUUGAGGGAGUACUUUGUUCGAUGUCGGGAGGCGUUGACGGAGACGGGGAUUAUGGUCGUGAAGGAGAAUCAGUCCACCGAUCCGAAUGGGUUGGAUAUGUUUGAUGAGGAGGAUAGUAGUGUGACCAGGACGGAUGAGAAGCUUCGGACACUGUUUAAGGAGGCUGGGUUGGUGCUUGUUGCGUCGGAGUUGCAGUUGGGAUUCCCUAAGAACUUUAAGCUCUUGCCUGUGAGGUUUUAUGCGUUGAGACCGUCGACUUGAGGAGUCUUUGGGAGAUUAUUCAGUGACGUGAUACGGCGGUGCUGUGUACCUGGUUUGUCGGAGGUGCUGGGUAUCAUCUGCCGCUGGGGCUUCCGAAUCAUCGCGGAUUCUAAUGCCUUUGGAGCCGAGGUUCGCGUCCGACUAUCGGUGCGGACGCUGGCAUUGAGCAGCCCCCUUGAAGGAACGCAAAGUUGUGCGCAGCGGACAAUAUACGUAGCCGGUGCCGUGCAUACUCCUAAGGAGGAAUAUUGCAAAACCCAUCGCAGACCCGCGGCUUUGCAGACCUGCUGUGAGCGGAUCAAGAUGCAGAGUGCUUAGUUGAAUUGGUACAAAGUAUCAUAUCUAUCUAUGCUAGCUGCAGAAGUGAUGCCAAUGCGAAAUCAACAACCCUGGGAGACAUGUCGUUAUCGACAGGAUCAAGGAGUGUGUGAUGGCUAUGCAGUCUUCAAACACA